AUGGCAUGGAAGGCCAAGAAGGAAGUUCCUCCCUCUCCUAAAGCAAAAGCUAAAGCAAAAUCUCUAAAGGAUAAAAAAGCGGUGCUGGAAGGCAUUGACACCCACGGAAAGAAGAUCUGCACAUUGCCCAUCUUCCGCCACCCCAGGACACCGCUCCAGAGGCAGCCUAAAUACCCUGGGGAGCACGCCCCCAGGAGAAGCAAGCUUGACCGCGGUGGCAUCAUCAAAUUCCUCCUGACCACGGACGGAGUCAGCAUGAAGAAGACAGAGGACAGCAACACGGUCGUGUUCACUGUGGACAUCAAGGCCAACAAUCACCAGACCCAACAAGCUGUGAGGAAGCUCGGUGACACUGACGUGGCCAAGGUCAGACCCUGA